ACAAGCAUGUGCUGGUUUUACUAUAUGGUGGCUAAUUCUUCAAAUUACCUAAUUUUAUCAUGGUAUUGAACAACACGAGGAAGAUACUCUUUAGAAUGUGGUUACAAGCACUUUGCCUGCUCUGGAUAUGUUGCAAGGAUGUGACUGACACUCAUCUUUUACAAGAUGAUAUGGCCCUCCUAAAGGAAGAAGAGGACCCAAAAUGUUUCACAAGGACAGAAGAGGAAUUCACCUGCUUCUUUGAGACCACAGACAAUGAGACUUAUGAGUUGUUAUACAACAUUGGCGAGCAAUCCAGGGAGAAAAGAUGUGAAUUGUUGACCCAGAGAACGAAAAAAGGAACGCUACUCCACAUCUGCGCAUUUCCUUAUUUGGAUGUUGUCACAUAUGUGGAUAUACACCUUCAAGUGGUGGAGCGCAACAGGAAGACCAGAAUUUACAGUCGCAUCAUCAGUGUGGAAGACCACAUUCUCCUGGAUGCCCCGUUCAAUGUGUCAUUACACCAUAAUGGCAAAGCUGGACAGCUGCGGGUUUCAUGCCUCACAAAUGUGCCAAAAUACUGGGAGGAUAAGGUACGAUAUAGGAUCCGAUACACCUCCAAGGGGCUAGGAGAGAGGACAAAAGAGUGGAUUGAUAAGUGGGAUGGCGCAGUGGUGUCUCUAGUGCCAGGGGAAGAGGUCCAAGUUCAGGUUGCAGUCAAGUGCGCUAAUACUGUGAGUGCAGGGCACUGGAGCCACUGGUCGGACCCUGUGAGGGAUGUGGCGCCACAAAGUGCAGACGACAUUUCACUAAUGUGCUACACCUCUAACCUGCAAACGAUCACCUGUCAGUGGAAUGGUAGCAGAUACAGCCAACCUCAUGUUUGCAAACUUUUCAAUAAGAUGCAUCUCAGUGAAUCUUUGGGCUGGACUGAUUGGACAGAAUGUCUGCCGGACAAGACUGACCAGUGCAGUUUCCAGGGCGAUGAGUCCCAAAAAGUCAGAGUCAAACUAAUUAGUGGAGCAGUUCCACUCAGCAGAACAUUUUACACCCAAGAGUUCACACUGAAAAACAUCAUUAAAACAUAUCCGCCAGCUCCACUGAGAGUAUCAGUGGAGAAAGAUAAACUGUGCUUGAAGUGGAAAGCUCCUCUCAUGACUCUGUCAUCCCACCUGCAAUAUGAAGUUGGCUGCCAAAUCGGAGAGAGCAAAGCAUGGCUGUUGAUUUCCCCCAAGGGCCCAGCAACUGAUACAUGUCUGGAGGUUCCCCCAAGUAUCCAGUACAGAGUGAAGGUUCGAUCUAAACCUAAUGGAUCCAUUUACACUGGUCACUGGAGCGAAUGGUCAGACGUUCUCACUGGGAAAACUCCUGCGGACAUCGAAACUUUGCUUAUGACUUGCAUUCCUGCCAUGCUGCUGGUCAUUGCUGUUAUCCUCAUCUCUUUGGGUUUUACUUACUUCCGCAAGGUCAAGCAAUGUUUCUGGCCGCCAGUGCCGAACCUUGACAAAGUUCUUCAAGGCUUUUUGACUGAGAUCGACUUGCAGAAAUGGGACCCUCCAGUCACUGCAAAGCCAAACUGCGAGGAAACCACCUCUUCUUUUGUGGAAGUCAUGCCUCAGGGUGAGGUCUCAGGAUUGGGUAAGGCAUGCCAGGAAUCUACGCAGCUUCUGUCGUCAGAGCAAGGCCACCACACGGGAGACCAGGAAAAGGGAAACCCUAGAAGAGAACUCAAAUUGUUUCCAGACUAUGUGACUCUGAGCGGAGAGAUUGUCAUUAAUUGUUCAACAGGAAAUAUGUAUGUCUGUGAGCAGCUUGGGGAGAUAAGAGGCCCAGGGAUGGAGGGGGGGCUUCUUCCAAAAACAUGUCACUGUUUCUACACUGACAACUCUGUGUGUGUCCCUGAUUGCUUGGGCACCGACUUCCUAAACCAUUCCUAUUUGCCUCUUUCCGAACAUGCAUUCAGAGUCCGCGACAAGGACACUGGCCUAAGGGGGCCUGGAAACCUCUAUACUAACGUACCCUGCAGCUAAAUGUAACGCCAUAAGCAUAUUGUCACUGUUGUAGAUCCAAUAUACAGUUCAUGCAGUAUCUGAGCUCACUGAUAAUACACUGCCUCAAAUAAGUAUUCACCUCACUUCACUUUUUGCACAUUGCAUGUUCCAGCCAUAUUCUAUCAUUGAUUAAAUUGUAUUCCGCUCAAUUCUACACACAAUGUACGAAAUCUAAACCAAAAAAAAAAAAGUGCAUUACUUACUCAAUAUGUUGUUGAAUGCACCUUGGCAGCAAUUGCAGCUUCAAAAGUCCUGGCCGUUCCAAACUUAUGCAUUGACUUUACAGCUUUACAACUUCAAUUCUGUUUGACAAAUGA